UACUAAUUAGCCACAUUCAAUUGUUGAGAGUGCUAAUUUUAAUUUCUUAAGUUGGGAAAAAAUGGCUAAGUUUGGUGCAACCUCAAUUGCCCUUGUUCUCACAUUGAACAUUCUUUUUUUCACUAUGGUUAGUUCCACUAAUGUCCCAUGCCCACCACCCCCACACCCCAAACCCCACUACCCUACCCCUACCCCCUCCACCCCAUCAUCAAAGGGUAAGUGCCCAAAGGACACACUAAAACUAAAUGCUUGUACCAAUUUAUUGGGUGAUUUAUUGCACUUUGUUAUUGGAAGUAGUCCAGCCAAGACUCAAUGUUGCUCUUCAAUGGAAGGACUUGUUGAUCUUGAUGCUGCUGUUUGCCUUUGCACUGCCCUUAAAGCCAAUUUGUUGGGAAUUAAUCUAAAUGUUCCACUUUCCCUUAGCUUGUUGCUCAACAAUUGUGGCAAAUAUGCCCCAAAGAACUUUCAAUGUGCUUAAGACAAAUUAAGUUUCUAUCAAUGUGUUUGAUAUAUUUUGUUAUAAUUUGUAUGUUUGUACUACCUUAGUUUCAAAGGAAGUAUAUUUUUUUAUUCUAGUUGGUAACUAGAAGGGAGGCUGGUUGUAUCCAGUUUUUCAUGAAAUAAAUGUCAUCUUUUGAAGUUGCCAUCUUUUUUGCUUAUUUGGAAAUAGAAAAACUUAUAAGA